AAUAUAAGUGUGGUAAUGUCCGGAAAUCAUAGCCAGGUGUUAGCUACAUGUGUUGCACAUGCCGAGUUAAACUUUCCUUCCAACAUGGACCUAAACACGAAGAAAAACAUUUCCCAGUCUUUACUGUCUUGUGGAAACGAUGGAGGCCUCAGUGAGAAGCUCCUCCUGAAGCCCGGAGCGGGCCGAUCCCUGCAGACGGAGCGGGUGCCAAGGAGCAGCGUCCUGGAGCGCCUGCAGAGCUUCCUGCCUCGGAUGGCUGAGGCCAACGAGAAGCUGAAGCAGCAGCUGGAGGAGGCUCCUGAAGGACACUUUGACAUUCAGAACGUGGACAAGGCAGAACGGGUCAUAGAGAUGGACGUAGCUGUGGUGGAGCUGAACGAGUCGGGCAGCGAAUCAGAAGAGGAGGAGGAGACGUCUGAGUCCGAGUCUGAGGAAUACGUCGCUGAGAUCACAGAGAGGAACCUCAAGCUGCCCGGAGGCGGAGGGAACAAAAAGGCCAGCAUCCAGGUCCUGGAGUAGGAGAGUCAGCUGCAGAGUUCUGUUGGACGGUUAGCAGAACGCCCCAAAGUACAGAGUGGCAGCUUUUCAUCAUCCCUAUGGGAGUUUUUAUAAACAUAUGAUGGGACUACCUCAUCCAGCUUGGCCUUCCACUAGUGAUCAGUGAGUCCUUCCAUGAGUUUAGGCCCAAACCUGCAGGUUCCUAAUGUACGCUUUCUGCUAUCAUUUAAGUGCAACAGUCUACUUUUGCAUUUCCUGUCAGAGUACAUAAACGAAUGAGAAAAGCAUUCAAUGGGGAAGCUUCCUCUCAAGAAACUUGACGAUAUCAUAUAGGGACAACAAUCAAUGGUACACAACACCUCAGGCCCAUUGAUGAGCACGAUGGAGGGGCUGUUUUUUUUCUAGAAGCCCGGGGAGUCAUGUCAUGUUUUGCGUGGCAGUCAAGAGAUCUGUAAUGGGUCUUCAUUGAGUUGUUCAAGAAGACCGUCACCAAAUCAGAACAAAAUCAAGAGUAGAGAGGCUGACAAACAGCGUCAGAGGAAACCCAGGACUAUGGAGGAUGUGCAUAGGUCAUGUAACAACCGGUCACUGGUAAACUUUAUGGACGACUAUUUGCGCAAGGUUUACUUCAAAUUUAUGCGAUUUUAUAAGAGAAGUGCUGUUCUACAUAAAUGAGUGACAGUUUCUGUGGAACAUAUCUUAUGUAAAUAAUGUUCUGCUUAAAGUGCUUUUUCCCCUUGGUAAAUAUGAUCUAAUUAAAGGUUUGAUUUUGCUAAUUGUUUCAGUUUGACAUUUUACUGGUUGCUACCCAACCUGCCAAUAAAUGUGGAGGAUACGGUAACAAGG